AUGGAAGAUAUUCAUAUACCGGUGGAUGUUAAUAAGAGUUAUAGUGAUAUGACAGUUGAAGAAAAACUGAGAUAUGACCAUCAAAAGAUGCAUGAACUCCAUAAAGGCCAUGAAUCAAUGCAUUCAACUAUGAUUCUUAUAUUCCUCUUCACCUUGAUCAUAGCACAAAUUGUUUUUGUACAGUGGAAGAAAUGUCAUUAUAAGUCAUAUGCGCUCUUUACUAUGGUGACAAUGUGGUCAAUGCCAUUAAUAAUGAGUCUUAAGAACUCUUGGUUCCGUUUUGUAGUAGUGUGGUUACUCUUUACAUUCCUGACUGCUGUGGUUAUAAGAAAGUCAUCCCAAAAACCAAUGUCACCUACCACUCCUAGGUUAGUAUACAAAUGGUUUUACCUAAUAUAUAAAGCAAGUGUAGCAGUUGGUUUAUUUGGAUAUAUCUCACUUAUACUAACACUUAUUGGUGUUAAUGCACUAUUUGGUCAUAAACCUAACCAAUGGAUGGAUAUUUCACUACUUACAUUGUUCUAUGGGCUGUACUUUGGUGUACUGGGAAGAGAUGUUGCAGAAUAUUGUUCAGAAAGAAUGGCUUCUUCCGUUGGCUACUACACGGCAGAAGGUAUACCAACGAGGCAGUUGGACCAGAAUGUGUGUGCAGUGUGUGGGAAUAGGCUUCUAGUCAAUAUUAAUGAAGAAGGAGUACUUGAAAAUACAUACAAGUUACCGUGUGGGCACGUGUUUCACGAGUUUUGCAUCCGGGGUUGGUGUAUUGUGGGCAAGAAGGAGACCUGUCCCUAUUGUAAGGAGAAGGUGGAUCUCAAAACUAUGUUCGCUAAUCCCUGGGAUCGUCCCCACAUCCUCUACGCUCAGAUGUUAGACUGGAUUAGGUGGCUGGUUGCCUGGCAACCACUCGUAUUAUUUCUAGUCCAGGGAAUUAAUUGGUUAUUUGGCCUUGAAUAA